CGAUGUUUCACCACUCCGUGUCCUUCAUGUGAAAUCCAAAAUGGGUUAUUGGGAUCUGCAAGAGGGUAAGGAUUGUGUCGAGAAAACAUGGAUCACCACCAAAUUAGGCACAGCUCUAGGGUUGGUGGGUUCAGCCUAUCACAUUGUGGCAUUCCAGCCUGAUUCUGCAAUCCAAGCUGUUCAGAGGGCCACAAAUGGCACAGUAACCAUGGCUGCCUUGGGGGCGAUUUUUGGAAUGACCACUUGUCUAGCUGCACAGGCCCGGGAUGCUCCUGAUGACCCUGUGAACUACUUCAUUGGAGGCUGUGCAUCAGGAGUCUUUCUUGGAGCUCGUACUCACAGUGCAAUGACGGGCACGACGGCAUGUAUUGGGCUGGGGACACUGGCCAUGUUCACCAAGGUGGGCAAGAUGGAGGGCUGGAGAUUAGCGGGACCACCGAGGAUGUAAACAGCCUGAGGGGGAGACUAUAUAUCAACAUGUAUAUUGUAUAUUGAAUAUUACUUGAAUAAACUUGUGUAAAAGAGUGUAGUCUUAGUCUGUAUCCUGCACCUCCUUGCUUUAGCCACAAGGUGGAGACAUUGGUGCAAAUUGGCUGGGAUYUUAGCCAAUCAACUCCAAUUUGCAAUGGCCUCUUAAUCAGUCAUUUAGAUCACAGUUAAUCUGAGAAUGACAUCAGAAGGCAUUAGUCUCCCAAGCAAACACAUUUUAGAAACACUUUAAAAUAAGGGCUGUGUUUCAUGUUGGCUUACCCUUGCUUGAUGUUUUGAUAAACAUGUAAAUCUCUCUAGGACAAGGUGACUUGUAUUUACCGGCCAAAAAUGAAACGCUAAUUAGCUGCUAAUGUGACUAUCAUAAAGAYCUACAAAUGCCAUGAUGAGCUGGACAAGACUUUCAAAUCAAGGCAAAGGUAAGAAUCUCUCUAUCUAAUGUUAGAAAAGUUUUGACAAUUCUGUGAAUUGUGUAAGGUUUAAAUUGACACAACCUGUUCGCAAAGGUGUCAGCUAGAGAUGACAUGCGGGGAUUUGUAGUAUUGCGUGAUGUCUACUUUGAUGCWAAUUAUCAUUUUCGGAUCAGAGUAAAUGGAGCCGAAUAUAUUGAUCAAAGUCACCGUGUCCGAGAGAUUUACAUGGUUAUCAAAACAUCACACCAGGUAAGCCUACACGAAACACAGCCCUUAUUUUAAGUGUUUUUAAAAUUCCCCAUGGGAKAAAUUAAUAUUGGAAAAAACAAUUGGCACUGUUUGACCACUAGGUUUUAUGGGUAUUGUGGGGCUCUUGUAAAACAUUUAUUGCUUUUGUACAAUGGUAAAUUGGUGAAUAACUGGUUGAGAAAAUUCAUUUUUAACUCAUUCCUACACUGGUUGCCAACAUCGGUGCAAAAUAAUGURUUAGGGAAAUGUGAUGCAAUUAUGAUUGCUUAAAAUGUAUGAGAAAAAAUAAAUAAAAAUUCCACUCUUAA